CCCUUCCUUUCUGGCUGCUGCCUUAGCCAGGGCCACCUCAGAUGAAGUCCUCCAGAGUGACCUUUCUGCUCACUAUAUCCCAAAGGAGACGGAUGGCACAGAAGGGACUGUGGAGAUCGAGACAGUGAAACUGGCCCGCUCUGUCUUCAGCAAACUACACGAGAUUUGCUGCAGCUGGGUGAAGGACUUCCCUCUGCGCAGGAGGCCUCAGAUUUAUUAUGAAACGUCAAUCCAUGCCAUCAAAAACAUGCGAAGGAAAAUGGAAGACAAACACGUCUGCAUCCCUGACUUUAAUAUGCUCUUCAACCUAGAGGACCAGGAGGAACAAGCUUACUUUGCAGUGUUUGAUGGCCACGGGGGAGUGGAUGCUGCCAUUUAUGCCUCCGUUCACCUACAUGUUAACUUAGUGCGCCAGGAGAUGUUCCCCCAUGAUCCUGCUGAGGCUCUGUGCCGGGCCUUCCGUGUCACCGAUGAGCGGUUUGUGCAGAAGGCAGCCAGGGAGAGCUUACGAUGUGGGACCACAGGAGUAGUGACUUUUAUCAGAGGCAACAUGCUCCACGUGGCAUGGGUGGGCGAUUCCCAGGUUAUGCUUGUAAGAAAGGGCCAAGCUGUUGAACUAAUGAAACCACACAAACCAGACAGAGAGGAUGAAAAGCAGCGAAUUGAGGCCCUUGGAGGUUGUGUAGUUUGGUUUGGUGCCUGGAGGGUGAAUGGAAGUCUAUCAGUCUCCAGAGCUAUAGGAGAUGCUGAACAUAAGCCAUAUAUCUGUGGAGAUGCAGACUCUGCCUCAACUGUUUUGGAUGGGACUGAAGACUACCUCAUUCUGGCCUGUGAUGGCUUCUAUGAUACAGUGAACCCUGAUGAGGCAGUGAAGGUUGUGUCUGACCACUUGAAAGAGAAUAAUGGAGACAGCAGCAUGGUUGCCCACAAAUUAGUAGCAUCAGCUCGUGAUGCAGGGUCAAGUGAUAACAUCACUGUUAUUGUGGUAUUCCUGAGGGACAUGAACAAAGCUGUAAAUGUUAGUGAGGAAUCAGAUUGGACAGACAACUCUUUUCAAGGAGGGCAAGAAGAUGGUGGGGAUGAUAAGGAGAAUCAUGGAGAGUGCAAACGCCCUUGGCCUCAGCACCAGUGCUCAGCACCAGCCGAUCUAGGCUAUGAGGGGCGUGUGGAUUCAUUCACUGAUAGAACUAGCCUGAGCCCAGGGCCCCAAAUCAACGUGCUGGAAGAUCCAGACUACCUAGAUCUCACACAAAUAGAAGCAAGCAAACCUCACAGUACCCAAUUUUUGCCACCAGUUGAGAUGAUUGGUCCUGGUGCACCAAAGAAAGCAGAUCUUAAUGAGCUAAUAAUGGAGGAAAAAUCAGUCAAGUCUUCAUUGCCUGAACGGAGUGGUGCUGGAGAGUUUCUGGCUUCUUUUAAUUUGGGUUCAACAGGGCAACAGAUACGCAGAAUGGAGAGCUUGUCUCCUGUCUGUUCUGGGUUGGAAAAUGAACAAUUCAAAUCCCUGGGGAAAACAGCGUCUAGAUUGUACCAUUUACGCCACCACUACUCCAAAAGGCAGCGUGCAUUCAGGUUUAAUCCAAAGUUUUAUUCAUUUCUUUCUGCUCAAGAGCCUUCUCACAAAAUAGGCAUUAGCCUCUCCUCACUUACUCGAAGUGGGAAGAGAAACAAGAUGUUAAGAAGUUCUUUGCCAUGGAGGGAAAAUAGCUGGGAAGGAUAUAGUGGAAACAUGAAGAUUAGAAAGUGUAACGAUAUUCCAUGCCCAGACCUUCCCUGGAGCUAUAAAAUAUAAGACUUUUCUUCAAUGUAGGCUAGCUAGCUCUCUCAAAAAAUACAACUAUCAGAGUAGAAACAAGGUAGACAUUUUUAACGUACAUGUGCUUCAUUAUGAAUCCAUUGAUGGCUCAAUCCUUAAAUGUACAUAGAUCUCUAGGAAAUUCAAAAUAGUGUUUUCAAUCUUAAAAAAAAGUAUUGGCGGUUUCACUAGCAAACUCAUACAACUGGUCCCUGUGAUGUGUCUCUACCUACAUACAGCCCCCCUCCACCAUCCCUUCACGUCACUAGUGGAAGCUUGGAAGUUAUUCCAGUCAGAAUAUAUGGUAUGAAAAUCGCAAGUAUCUGGUCUGAUGUGCCCAAUCCAAAGGAAACAGUACAGAAUUAAAUUCUGGGGAAAAUGCCCCUCAAGAUCCCGGGGACCAUGAGGCAUCCCUCCCCAGUUGUUUGGGUGAAUGAAAGAUUAAAGCCACACAGGUCUUAAACUGCUGAUCAAGGACUCAGUGAACCAGUACCAAAGUGUCAUAUUCUCAGACUUGGGAGGCAGUAUGCAGUAAGAUAACUUGUUUAUUUUUCAUAGAAAAUGAAAAGCAACUAUGAAUAUUUUUAAUGAAAAUAUUUCACAAGGUUUUAGUUAUCUGAGAGUCUCAUAAACUGUUAUGGUGCUUUUGGUGGAAUUUUGUUACUCAUUUUCGGAGACCUCUGUCAGCUGGCAGUAACUAGGAUGCUGUUCUUCAUAGUACCUUCAUCUCAGGAAUAAAAGUGGUUUAAGAGAUGAUGUCAGGUACAACAGAAGACUCAAAUGCCAUUUAAAAGGAGUUGUGAAAAUAGCACUUCUAUAUUUUCUGCUUUUUUUAAAAGUUUACAGACAGCAAAGGCAUAUAUAACUAUAAUAUAAAAUGUAGUCUGAAUAAUGAAAACGAUAGUUUUAACUUCUCUAAAAUUGUUUUCCCCAAGGAAAUGAAGUAAUUGGUAUGAAGGAGGCUGAGUGUGAACCCAGAGGCCACGUGCACAGGAGAAUGCAGAUUACUGAGGGCCAGGGCUGUUUAGUUAUAAGUGGAAGACGAGCCAGAGUCCAGCUACCCGCUUCAGACUACAGUGACAGGUCAUGUGCUUCUCAUUUCAAUACUUAUAGUUUAUAGUUUUGAAUCAUCCACUUUUUGCCAUUUCUACAGUUUCAAACCAGAAACAUGUCUUCACCGAAAGAUAGCAAAAACGCUACAGAUUUGUCCAGUGAGGCAGCCUGGUUUAUCUCAGUCAUGAAUGUUUCCAUGUUCCCAUGUUCCCUACCCCAUCACCCAUGAGCU